CAGCAGUUCCUGGCGGGCGGCGUGGCGGGGGCGGUCAGCAAGACGCUGGUGGCGCCCAUGGAGCGAGUCUCCACCCUCCUCAUGACGCCCACCGCCCACCAGCGGUUCAGCGUGGCGCAGGCUGCGCAGCACGCGUGGCGGGACGGCGGGCUGGGCGGGCUGUACCGCGGCCACGCCGCCACCCUCAUCAAGAUCUUCCCCGCUUCGGCCAUCCAGUUUGCCGUCUUCAACGGCCUCAAGGACAGGAUCCUGGCGGCACGGCAGCGGCGCCAGGGGCAAGCCGCCGCCGCGGCAGCAGCAGCAGCAGCCUCCACCACCUCCCAGCAGCAGCAGCCCCAGGACCUAGCCAACCACGAGCGACUGGCUGCGGGCGCGGCCGCGGGCGCCGCCGCCGCCUGCUGCUGCUACCCGCUUGAGUCGACGCGCACCGCCAUGUCGUGCGCGGGCGGCGUGCGGGGCAGCCUGGUGCAGGUGGCGCGCGCCGUGGUCGCCUCCCACGGCCUGCCGGGCCUGUACCGCGGCUUCCGAGCCUCCCUGCUGGGAGAUGUGCUGGGGAAUGCCCUGGGCUUUACUGCCUACGAGGUUGGUGCACCUAGAGGUGGCGGCGUGCCCGCGCCGCCGCACGUGCGCGGCCUCAUCGGCGCCUGCUCCGCCGCCUGCGUGCUGACGCUGACGAUGCCGCUGGAGGUGGUGCGACGCCGCCUGCAGGUCCAGGGCCUGGCGGGACGGCCGGUGCUGUACCGCGGCACGCUCGACUGCCUGCGCCAGGUGCUGCGCAAGGAGGGGGUGGCCGGCUUCUAU